UAACUCCGCUGCAAGCAGGGGGUGUUACAGGCCUCUCCAUCGUGCAACUCCAGUUUCAUCCAAGCGAGUGAAGCUGCGAGAGCGAGAUAUGAAACCAGUAUUUCGCGGCAAAAUGGAAGCAACUGCGCAUGCUCUAUUAAAACACUUUUCUCUGAUUGGAUUUAAACUUUGAGCGACAAACAAAAGGAAAGGCAAUAGCCGUUUCAGCUCGUAUCCCCAACAAGAAAUGACAGCUGAAUUAUGCAUCCCAUUUCCAUUGCGGAGAAAUGACAGCUGACUUAAGCGAUUAAUCAUAUCGCGCUUGAUUUCUUUAAUUACAAGUCAAUAGAAAGCAAAAACUCUCAGGCUUUCUAAUACGUUGCCAGAUAAAUAAACUGAAUUUGAUUCCAUUCUGCAUGUUUUUUAGUUACCUUCAGAUUUCAAUGUUUAUAAACAACUAAGACUUUAAACAAGUCAUUAAAGAAGUCAAUUGAAGCUUUAUUUGAUUUAAAUUGAAAUGGAAAUGUAAAGGGAAUCUAAUUAAGAUGGGAAUUGAUUGGCAGCAUUUUCGUUUUUCGCAUCGUAAUUUCAGAGGAUUGCAACUGAAAGGCCAAGAAAAGCAUCAAGACAAGAAAGUGUAUUUUGAUUGGAAAAAGGAGGAAUUUCAUAGACAAAGAUGGUACGAGGAAAUGAAGUGGUAAGCCGUUGUCUCUCGCUGGUUCCAAACAAUCCAGGAAACCCGAACACAACAAUUGCUGGAACCAUUUUGAUUAUCUUUAUCUUUUUCAAUAUCCUGUCAAAUUCUCUGUUGAUUUUCGCAUUAUACAAAUCGAAGCAGCUACGGACAUUUUCAAAUAAAUUUAUUCUCAUCAUGACAGUGUCAGAUUUGUGCUUUGGAAUCUUUGCACAGCCUGUACUGGGAGCAUUCUGGAUAUCAAGUGGACAAAGAAAAUGCCUUGAGCUCAAAUCUUUUGAAUUUACGGUGAUUUUUUUGGUAUAUAUUUCGGUCUUAAUGAUUCUUCUCAUCUCGCUUGAUCGGUACCUUCACGUUACAAAACCGAUUCGAUACCAGACAAUGAUGAACAACAAUCGGAUGACCCUAUUGGUUGUAUCUUGUUUUAUUAGUGGACUUGUUGCUGCUACGAUUACCGUGAUAUGGGUCUCUUUUUACCGUCAGUUGACCAUCGUCAUUUUCAACUUUUUGCUUAAGACAGUUUUUCUCAUUCUGAAUACAAAAACAUUAAAAACUCUUGAGAGACACUACAAAAAUGCAGUCUUUCGAUUUCAACCUGGCAAUCGAAAAGAAACGUCCAAUUUUCGAACAGAACGUCUAGCUGCGGUGAAAACAAUCCGUUUGGUUUUGGGAUUAUUUCUUGCUUGUUACACCCCCUACAACAUUUGUUCAGUUUUCUGGGCGUAUCAUGGAUUCAAAAGAGAUUCUGCAGACGGAGUUCUGCUGGAGACAAUUUACAUAUGGAGUUGUGUAAUUGCCGCUAGUAUCAGUUUUCUUAACUCAUUAAUUUUUAUGCGUGGAAACACAAAAUGCCGCAGAGUUGUAGGAUCGCUUUUCUGUAAGAGUACCGAAGCUCCUGAGUGAAAAACAAUAUUUAAAUUCUUAGGCAUGGACACUGGAGCUGGGAGGAUUGCAGCUUCGCUAAUCAGGGCAAGUUUAUCAUAUUUCAGGCUAUUUUCGGCAGUUCUUUCUCAAUGAACGAGAGUAGUCAGGCAAGAUCCAGACUGACCCUCUCUGAAUGUUUAGCAGUCGCACGGCCAUUAUUAUAUUGACGACCUUUUCAAAGGUAUGCUAGAAAAUCAUAAUCAACUUUCAUAAUGAGUAACUAGCUGCGCUUAAAACACUUUGUUUAGUUAUGGAUGUAUUUGGUGUUUAAUACUGUUUAAUAGCAAAACCUUCGUCGUCUGGUUUCAUGAUUGCCAUAUGGUGUUGUAACAAUGUUCGUAAGCAGAUUUCUUGA